AAAACAAUGGGACGGCAAGUACCGUUGUUCAUCUUGGUUCUCUCUCUUACCGCGGUGGUCGGGCAAGUCAGCUACUCCAUUCCGGAGGAAAUGGAGAAAGGUUCAUUAGUCUGUAAUUUAGCUCAGGAUUUAGGUUUAGACUUUAUAAGACUGAAAUCGGGCAGAGCUCGUAUUCAUUCGGGAGACAGUGCAGAAUAUAUCGAGCUGAACAGAGACAAGGGUGUCCUCCUAAUCAAGGAGAGAAUAGACAGAGAAACGUUGUGUGGAGAAACGACGCCCUGUGCUUUACAUUUGCAGAUGAUUUUGGAAAAUCCGAUGGAAUUGUUUCGAAUAACAAUAGAAAUCACAGACAUAAACGAUAACGCCCCCAGCUUUGUGUCGAGCGAGAAACGUUUUGAAAUCAGUGAGUCAGCCGUUAUUGGGUCUAAAUUUGUGCUGGAAAAAGCCAUCGAUGCUGAUAUUGGUGUAAAUGAUCUCCAAAGCUAUUCGCUUAAUCCAACAAACAAUUUUGCAUUGAAACUAGAGAAUCAAGCGGACGGAAGUAAAAAGGUAGAAAUGGUCUUACAAAAGCCUCUGGAUCGAGAGCACCAGAAUCAGAUAUCACUAUUAUUAACUGCUGUAGAUGGCGGACAGCCGCGUAUGUCUGGUACAAUGCAGAUAUCUGUUAACGUGUUAGAUGUUAACGACAAUGCACCGGUUUUCACUAAGCCAGUAUACAAGGCAACAAUAACCGAGAAUUCCCCGAGGGGGACCAGUGUUAUAACUGUUAGUGCAUCCGACAAAGACGGAGGCUCUAAUGGGGAAAUAUCAUACGCUAUUUCAAAUAGCAAGCGUCGAUUAUCCGACUUAUUUCAGAUCGAUAGAAAAACAGGAGAGGUUAUCUUGAUUGGUGAAAUAGAUUAUGAAAGAGCUAAGCUCUUCCAAAUAGACAUCGAGGCUAUAGAUAAUGGAGGACUCUCUGAUUCGAGUAAGAUACUAAUAGAUAUCACUGAUGUGAAUGACAACAGUCCUCAGUUGAAAAUACUCUCUAAAUCAGACACCAUUUUAGAAGACUCUCCUGAGAACACUGUUAUUGCUAUGCUAAGUGUAAAUGACCCUGACUCUGAGAGGAGUGGAGAGGUAAAGUGUAAUAUUAAUGGUGAAAUUCCUUUUAAAAUACAAAACACAAUGAAUGGAUUCUAUAGUUUAGUUACAGAAGUAGCUUUGGAUAGAGAGGUAGCAUCCCAAUAUAAUAUCACUGUGACCUGCUCUGAUGAGGGAGAGCCCUCCCUCUCCAGCAGCGUCACUCUCACCUUACAGAUCUCUGAUGUGAAUGAUAACGCGCCUGUCUUUGAGAGGAGCUCAUAUGAGGCCUACAUUGUAGAAAACAACACACCAGGUCUCUCUAUAUUCACAGUGAAAGCCAGAGACGCUGACUGGAACCAGAAUGCCCGUGUUUCUUACAUACUGGAGGACUCCUCUGUUAACGGAGUGCCAGUCUCCUCAUAUGUGUCCGUUAGUGCUGAUAGUGGAGUCAUCCAUGCAGUGCGCUCUUUUGACUACGAGCAGAUCAAAGAUUUCCACUUCCGUGUCAAAGCGCAGGAUGGAGGCUCCCCUCCACUCAGUAGCAAUGUGACUGUGAAAGUAAUGAUCCAGGACCAGAACGACAACCCUCCUCAGGUUCUGUACCCAGUCCAGACUGGUGGCUCUCUGGUGGCUGAGAUGGUGCCUCGUUCAGCAGAUGUGGGCUAUCUGGUCACUAAAGUGGUGGCUGUUGAUGUGGACUCUGGACAGAAUGCCUGGCUCUCCUAUAAACUGCAGAAAGCCACAGACAGGGCGCUGUUUGAAGUGGGCUUACAGAAUGGAGAAAUAAGAACUAUCCGCCAAGUCACUGAUAAAGAUGCUGUGAAACAAAGACUGACUGUUAUAGUGGAGGACAACGGGCAGCCCUCUCGUUCAGCUACAGUCAUUGUUAACGUGGCGGUGGCGGACAGCUUCCCUGAAGUGCUGUCUGAGUUCACUGACUUUACACAAGACAAGGAGUACAAUGACAACCUGACUUUCUACUUAGUGUUGGCUUUGGCUGUAGUUUCCUUCCUCUUCAUCACGUGUUUAGUGGUUAUUAUAUCAGUGAAGAUCUACAGAUGGAGACAGUCUCGCGUCAUGUAUCACUCCAAUCUCCCUGUGAUUCCGUAUUAUCCACCACGUUACUCAGACACUUUGGGGACAGGGACUCUCCAACACGUGUACAACUACGAGGUGUGCAGGACGACUGACUCCAGAAAGAGUGACUGUAAGUUCGGCGGAGCCGGUAGUCAGAACGUGCUGAUAAUGGACCCCAGUUCUACAGGAACGAUGCAGCGGAUACAGAGUGAAAGGAGCAUCCUGGAUGAACCAGACUCUCCUCUAGAGGUUAGAAUGUUACAAUUCUGA